AUGUCUUCUAUUCGCCAUGGACUGGAUAUCGAACGUCAGGGUAACUCUGAAGUUACAAAAUCUUCACCGGUCCUCAAAGAUGAAACAGACUUACUCGAGCGUGCAGAGCAGGGUUGUUUUGUUUGUUUAGAGAGUUAUAAACAAGGACAAUACGCUGUUCUUGUACCGUGCCUGCGACCACCAGAGUCUUUUAGCAGACUCAUACAGAAAAAGGAUCGCAAUGGCAAAUCAAUAUCUAAAGUGGAAAAGAAAUCGACUUUAAAGAGCGACAGCGAGUCUGAUUACGAGAUCUAUCAAAGAUUGCUCGAUACGUGCUAUGAGCAUUUGGGCCGUUGGAAGAGAUGGUUGCCUUAUUAUGGAAUCAUCGACAUUCUAGAAGUCAAUUUUCAAUUCGCGGCUAACGUUGAGCCGAAUGGGCGUUAUCCAAUUUACAUGAAGCCUGUCAACAUCAACGAAGUCCGUGAAGAAUGCAACAAGGCUAUAGCAAGACACCCAACUGGUCCUUUUUACGAGUCCGGUGGAGCAUGUGUGAAAGGUUAUGAGCAUAGCGACGAAUGCAUUCUUGGUAUGGAGGAGUGGGCUCAGCCAUGUAUCAGAGAUGAAGCUGAAAAGGCACAGAAGCGCCUUGACAAGCUUGAUUUCCUGCUGCAUCUUAAGGACUGUUAUGCUCGGAACCCCGGGAAAGCCGACGGAUGCCACAUACUCAAGGGCAUGGCCCAAGAGAGCUGCAUCUACAAUGUAAAAGGCCCAAAGAAAAUUCUUUUACCAGUUCCAGACGAAGAGUUCCAAGGUACAACGUGGACGAGAGGUCUACACUUUAUGUUAGGAUGGCAGACAGGCAGGAUUUACGCAGAACUCCCCUUCAGACUCUCAUGUGUGUCGCUUGCCGUUGCUCUUAUUUGGAUUUGCAUGGCUCUUUGGAGGGGUGCAGGAGGGGAUUGGGGGACUGCAUUCGCCUUCGCUCAGGUUGUCGCAGCAUCUUUGGCAAUUGUCAUUACUUACGUCCGGUUGUAA